GCGCUUCCGCUUUAAGAGCGUCGGCCCAGCAUGCCUCGCGACGGCUCUCCUCAAGGAGCGAGCUGCAACCAGGAGCAGGAAUAGCAGCAGCAGGAGCAGCAUGGAGGGAGGCUGCGAGAGGCACUACGAGGCCUUCGUGGCGCUGCACGGGGCGGCCCUCAGCGCCUCAGGGGUCCCGACUCGCUACUGGCCCAGCCUGUGGCGCAAACUGGACGGAGAGGUAUUUGAUGCUGGAGAGUAUUUUGGAAUAAUGCAAGUGGAAGAGGCAGAGGAGGAAACAGAAGGUGGUGAAGAGAUACAGGAAGAACUGAAAAAGAAAUUAAAUCCUGGCAAUGAACUUUGUUACAAGGUAAUAGUUACCAAUGAGAAUGGACUUCAAGAAGCAAAUCCUGAUAGCAUUUUUCUGAUUGACCAUGCCUGGACCUACCGCGUGAGACAUGCCCACCAGCAGCUGCUAGUGGUCCCUGGCUUGCUUCAUAGAAUGGCCAACUUGAUGGGAAUAGAAUUCCACGGGGAAGCACCAGAUGAAAGAGCUGUUGAGCAAGUGUUGGAGGAAAUGUGGAAAUACAACCAAACCUACCAGCUCUCCUCGGGGACAGCAGAGGACAAGGUUUCAGUAUGGUACAUAAUGGAUGAAUUUGGAUCCCGGAUUCAACAUUCAGAUGAGCCAACUUUUGCAACUGCGCCACUGUUUUACAUGCCACAGCAUAUUGCUUAUACUGUUCUUUGGCCCUUAAGAGACCUUGAAAAUGGUGAGGAAGUUACCCGUGACUUUGCCUAUGGGGAAACCGAUCGUUUACUCAGGAGGUGUCGGCUGUUGCCAUGGCUAUCCAGUGACACUCUAGAAAUCAACUGUUUCACCACAGAGCCAUCAGACGAUCACUAUCAGGCAAUCUUAAAUGAAAACAAGGAGAAACUACCUGUUUCAAUAAAGCCUCCAGUUUAUGGCAAGGAUAAAAUCUUCAAAGUUUACACAGAUCUCCAACAGGUCCUUCAGAAUCUGAAUCACCCAAACUUUGAAUUUACGGACUCUGAGCAAGAAGCAGAUAUUCUCUACAACUUCUCCCACUUCAAAGAUUACAGGAAACUUAGUGAAGAAAGACCUCAUGUGAUGCUGAAUCAGUUUCCAUGUGAGAAUCUUUUGACUGUUAAGGAUUGUCUGGCAUCAAUCUCCAGGCGGGUUGGAGGCAGUGAAGGGCCAAAAUGGCUGCCUCGAACCUUUAAUCUUCAUACAGAGUUGCCACAGUUUAUCAGUUUCUUUCAGCAGCGUGAAAGAAGGGGUGAAGACAACCAUUGGAUAUGUAAACCCUGGAACCUGGCUAGAAGCUUAGACACACACAUCACCAAGAGCCUUAACAACAUCAUCCGCCAAAGAGAGAGCAUCCCUAAGGUGGUGUCUAAGUAUAUUGAGAAACCAGUAUUGUUUCAUCUUGAAGAUGUGGGACUGGUUAAAUUUGACAUCCGUUACGUGGUGUUGUUGAGAUCAGUUAAACCCCUCAGGCUAUAUGUUUAUGAUGUCUUUUGGCUGCGGUUCUCAAAUCGGCCCUUUUCUCUUGAUGAUUUGGAUGAUUAUGAAAAGCAUUUCACUGUCAUGAAUUAUGAUCCCACUGUAUCUUUAAAACAGAUACACUAUAAUGAAUAUAUCCCUCUCUUUGAGAAGCAGUAUCCUGAUUACUCUUGGAAAUCUAUUCAAGAAGAUAUUUUCAAGGCCUUUGUGGAGUUAUUCCAAGCAGCUUGUGCAAAACCUGCUCCACUUGGUAUCUGCGACUAUCCAUCCUCACGAGCCAUCUAUGCCAUCGACUUGAUGCUUAAGUGGGAGACAUCCAGUGAUGGGAAGCCAUAUAUGCAGCCUCAGAUCCUGGAGGUGAAUUUCAACCCUGAUUGUGACAGAGCCUGCAAAUACCACCCAACCUUCUUCAACGAUGUCUUCAGCACACUUUUUCGGGAUGAAACCAGUGGUUGCCAUGUGACCUUGAUUGCCUAGCUCUGUGGCUUCACUUGGCUGAUAAUGUGUGCUUCACAGGAAUAUAUAUUAUAUUUAUAUUUCAGUUCUAUGAGCUGCUUAUGCAACUAUUUCUUUCUAUAAUGGCAACAAGGACAAAUCACUUAUAAUCAGGUGGAACACGUGGAUAUUGUAAGCUAUGGUCUGCUUUCUCCUCUAGUAUUUUAUUGUAUUGUUAGCUUACCACCCCAAAUUAUGUUUUUAUUGGAGAAGGAUGAUUUCAGAACUUCAGUAGCAAAUCAAUGUUUCCCUAUCUCUGUAGUUACUGUGUUUAGUUUGCUUACAGAAAAAAAAAUCUGUAUACCUUUCUCCAUGAUUUACUGCCCUUAAGGCAAUCUGUGUCCAUUGUUUUGAUACUGUUAUGUCCCUAUCUUUUAAUAUGCUUUUUUUUGUAAAACCAAGCAUUUUAUUUCAAGGCUGCAGUUGGCUCAUGUGAUCAGAGAUUUCAAUUUUAAUAAAUCAUGUUGUAGCAAGGUACCAUAAA